CAUCUCUAUCUGCAACAAUGUUUAGGCAGUCCUGUUCUUGGCUACUUGGCUGCUGGUAUCUUGAUUGGGCCAUAUGGUCUUUCCAUUAUUCGUCAUGUACAUGGGACAAAAGCAAUAGCCGAGUUUGGAGUUGUUUUCCUGUUAUUCAAUAUUGGCUUGGAGCUUUCUGUUGAAAGGCUUAGUUCAAUGAAGAAGUAUGUUUUUGGAUUGGGAUCUGCUCAGGUUUUGGUGACUGCUGUAGUUGUUGGUUUGGUAGCUCAUUAUAUUUGUGGUCAAGCUGGCCCUGCUGCUAUUGUCAUUGGGAAUGGUCUAGCAUUAUCAUCAACUGCUGUUGUUUUGCAAGUGUUACAGGAGAGAGGUGAAAGCACAUCACGGCAUGGAAGGGCUACGUUCUCGGUUUUACUUUUUCAGGAUUUGGCAGUGGUUGUCUUGCUGAUACUCAUACCUCUAAUUUCACCUAAUUCUUCCAAAGGAGGGGUUGGCUUUCAAGCCAUUGCUGAAGCACUUGGUUUGGCCGCUGUUAAGGCAUUGAUUGCCAUUGCUGCCAUAAUUGCAGGUGGACGAUUGCUCCUGCGACCCAUAUAUAAGCAGAUUGCAGAGAAUCAAAAUGCAGAAAUAUUUUCUGCCAAUACACUCUUCGUUAUUCUUGGGACUAGCCUUCUCACAGCCAGGGCUGGACUUUCAAUGGCAUUGGGGGCAUUUUUGGCAGGUUUACUAUUGGCAGAAACAGAGUUUUCCUUACAGGUUGAAUCUGAUAUUGCCCCGUACCGUGGCCUUCUCCUGGGUCUCUUCUUUAUGACGGUUGGAAUGUCAAUUGAUCCAAAACUUCUUGUUUCAAACUUUUCAGUCGUUACUGGGACCUUGGGACUUUUGAUAUUUGGCAAGACUUUGUUGGUUUCUUUAAUUGGUAGAAUAUUUGGUAUUUCUCUCAUUUCUGCUAUUAGAGUUGGCCUUCUUCUUGCUCCUGGGGGAGAAUUUGCAUUUGUGGCUUUUGGUGAAGCUGUUAAUCAGGGCAUAAUGUCUUCCCAGAUGUCCUCCUUACUGUUUCUUGUUGUGGGGAUUUCAAUGGCCCUCACUCCUUGGCUAGCUGCAGGAGGGCAGUUCCUUGCUUCCCGUUUCGAGGUGCAUGAUGUGCGAAGAUUAUUACCUGUAGAAAGUGAGACAGACGAUUUGCAAAAUCAUAUCAUUAUUUGUGGAUUUGGGCGAGUUGGGCAAAUCAUCGCACAACUUCUUUCUGAACAACUUAUUCCUUUUGUUGCACUAGACGUGAGAAGUGAUAGAGUGGCAAUUGGACGUGCCCUGGAUCUCCCUGUGUACUUUGGAGAUGCUGGUAGUCGAGAGGUCCUACAUAAGGUUGGAGCUGAAAGGGCAAGUGCCGCUGCAGUAACUCUAGAUUCACCUGGAGCUAAUUAUAGAACAGUUUGGGCUUUGAGCAAAUACUUCCCAAACGUCAAAACUUUUGUUCGCGCUCACGAUGUUGAUCAUGGAUUGAAUUUGGAAAAGGCUGGAGCUACCGCAGUUGUUCCAGAGACCUUGGAACCAAGCCUUCAACUAGCUGCUGCAGUUCUUGCUCAGGCUAAACUUCCUACAUCAGAGAUUGCAGCAACCAUAAACGAAUUCAGAUCCCGCCAUUUGUCUGAGCUCACUGAAGUACGUGUUUCUUUUAAUGAAUAUCUAUUGACUUUGCAUUAUCGCAUGCUAAUUUGUUGGGAUAAACUUAAAU